GCCCUUGCCAACUAAUUUUACCAUCAGCAAACUUAUGAUUUUGACACAUAAUUUUAAAUAAAAAUAAUUUCUUUAAAGUGAUUCAUACGGUUCUUUCUACUGCUUUUAAAUUCUUGGCCUAUUAAUUAUAAAGGAAUAGGUAACAUUUCGGAGCAGUAUGAAUGUAAGAGAUUUAACAGAAGGCAUUAUAGCAGAACCUUCCAUCUUCGCUCAUGAUAUGUGUAAAAUUACAAACCUGUGAUACAAAAUAAACAAUAAUGUCGGAAGUAAAAGGAACUAAGGCUUUAGAAUUAUGGUGCAAACGAUUGGUAAAAGAUUGUCCGAAUAUACAGAUUGAUAACAUGACAACAUCUUGGAGGAAUGGAAUGGCAUUUUGUGCAUUAGUUCAUCAUUUUCGGCCGGAUCUCAUUGACCUCUCCAAACUUAAACCAGAGAAUAUAUAUGAAAAUAAUCAGCUAGCUUUUAGCAUAGCCGAAAAACAUUUAGGAAUUCCUGCUUUAUUGGAUCCUGAGGAUAUGGUUGAAAAUGAUGUUCCGGACAGGUUGUCAGUAUUAACAUAUUUGUCUCAGUUUUACCAGCGCCUUAGUCAUACAGUAAAUACUAAAGCUACUGAGAAUGAACCAAAGGCCUCAUCUCCUACAACUAAGCAUCCAGUUACUCCUAUAAGAUUUGGAAAGACAGGUCUUGACAAAUGUGCUGCAUGUGGAUUGCCUGUCUAUUUGGCACAAAGACUGAUGGUGGAUCAUAAACUUUACCACAGAAGAUGUUUCCGAUGUUCAAAGUGUUCUGGCCAUUUGAACCCAAAGAAUUAUCAAGUAGAUGAUACAUCAGAGUUUUGUUGUGAUGCUUGCAAAAAUGAAAAGAAUUUCAAUUCAACAAAGAUUUUCAAUAAUAAUGACCAGAUGGGAAUGUUAGCAUAUAGUGGAGAUGCAAGUGAUUCAAAAGCUGACCCCUGUAAUGAGGAGCAAGUAAGUCAAAGACUUAAGACCAGGCCACAGUCUGUAUUAGAUAAAAUAAGCAUGUUUGAAAAGAAUGUAGAAAAAGACACAAGUAUUGAACAUAAACUAGCAAAUAUUAGUUUAAAAGAUUCCACUAAUGAUAAGCUUAAAGUAGAUAAAUCCUUAGAUAUUGAUAAUAGUAGUAAAGAACAAAGUUUUUCUUCUAAAGUUGAAAAUAUGGAACUAAACAAAUCAACCAAUUUGAAAGAUGAUAUUAGUUUAAAUGAAAGUUUCUAUAAAAAAGUGCCCGAUAAUUUAUACAAGAGCAAUAUAAAUAAAUUUAAUUUUUUACAAACACAACUGGCAGAAGACAAUUUAAAAACUGAGACAGCAUCAAAUAACAUUGAAUAUAUUGAAAAGAAACCAAAACAAGAAGACACUAAUUUGACUACUGAGAAAUCCUCUAUUUAUGAUGACAAAUUAAGUAACAAACUAGAAGAACCUAAGGAGGAAAGUAAUAUAACUGACGAUAAUAGACUUGCUAAAUCCAAUCUAAACAUAUCUAGUUCUAACACAUCUGUAAUGCUAGAAACUAAAGAUUCCAUUAAAGAUGAAUCGGAGAAAAGUAUAAGUGUGCCACCGAGACGAAAAAAACAUAACACAUCAAUAGAUAAAUCAACAAAUGGUGUAAAAAAAGAAUUACCAAAUAAGACUAUUGUAAAAAAUCAAGAAUAUCCAGAUUAUUUGAACCCAUUUUCCGAUGACGACGAAGAUGAAAAGGUAAUACCUAAAGAAGAACCUAAGAGAGUUAGUACUAACCCUUUCGGAAGUAGUGAUGACGAAGAUGAAGUUCCCGCUGUCCAAAUGCCACAAAACAAAGAAUUACAAACACCAAUGAAAAGACAUGUCGUAGCACAAAAUCCCUCCAACCCUUUUUGGUCGGAUGGAGAAGAACCGUCAUCAGAUGAAGAGACAUAUCAAAGAAGUUCUAGUUUGUAUAAAUCAUCAAUGGCAACGAGUACUCCAAAUCUACCGUCAAGUACUCCGCGACGUAAAAAACCGAAAGCACCAGCGCCCCCGCCAGCAAUCACCAUAAGCGAAGCACAAAGAGUGGACAGGAAUUCAAUGUCCGUGUCUAUGGACGAUGUUGCCAGUAUAUCAUCGCUAAGUUCCCACACUUCUACAGUUUAUUCUGAUCAAAAGUCAAUUGGCACUAUAACACCUAAAUCGAAAAAGAAACGUCAUGCGCCGACACCACCGGACAGUAUUUCCACUCUCUCCGGAUGUGGAGCGGAGUCUAUGGAAAAAGGUGUGGACACGACCGGCACUCGUAGCGGUGCUUCCGAUGAAGUGAACACGGUGGGCCGUCGGGUGAAGGGUCCGGCGCCGGGGCUGCCGCUGCCGGCGCGGCGCGCAGUACGGCUGCAGCUGUCGGGCGAGGAGCUGCAGGUGCAGCUGGACCUGCUGGAGACGCAGCAGCUGGGCCUCGAGCGCCAGGGCGUGCUCAUAGAACAGAUGAUACGUGACAAGUGUGAGGGUGACGAAGCGGUGGCGGUGCCUCAGGAAGAAAUCGAAGACUUGGUGAUACAGCUGUGUGAACUUGUUAACGAAAAGAAUGACCUGUUUAGAAAACAGACAGAACUUAUGUACAUUCGCCGGCAGCAAAGAUUAGAGCAAGAACAAGCGGACAUUGAACACGAAAUCAGAAUCAUACAAUCUAGGCCCGCCGUCAAUCGCAUCGAUUCUGAUAAGGCGCGCGAGGAGGAGCUGGUGACGCGGCUGGUGGAGAUCGUGCGGCUGCGCGACGAGCUGGUGCAGCAGAUAGAGGCCGAGCGUCGUCGCGAGCGCCAGGAGGACCUUGCCAUCGCAGCCUCCAUCGCCACUAAGCGAGCUCAAAGGAACAGCGAUUCAAAUGCUUCAUCGAUUAAGUCGACGGAAACUAUCGUCAGCCCUAAAAAGAGCAAGGUCAAGGAUAAGGUGAAAAAACAAUUAAAGAAAGCAAAGCACACAUUAAUUUCCAAGAAAAAAGACGAUGACAAAAUUGAAAAAGAAAAGAAACCAAAAUAAUUAACAACAAAGCGAAAUCGACAAACAGAUUUAAACUAUACAAUUUUUAUACUAAUUAAACAAGAGAUAUAUUAAUAUUGUAAGUAAACGUACUUAAUAAGACUGAAAUAUUCAUCAUUCAUUCGUAAUCCAUUAUAAUGAACAUUUCGACAAUUUAGACAAAUUUUAAGAUCGAAUUUUGGACAAUUAGUAGUUAAUCUUUUUGGAUGUACUAACAAUAUAAUAAAACCCAAAAUGUCAAAAAAACAUUCCCUUUAACGUAUUUGAUAUAUUUUAGUUAUAAAUAAAAUUGUAUUAUAGAAUAUUCAAUAUUGACAUCUAGGCGAUUGUGGACAGCCGCUUAAAAAUAUAUAGUGCCACAAACUUAUUUGGCACAUUGAAACAGGCGCUGUUAUCGGGAUUACUUCUCUCAGAUGUAUGUAAACAUAGAGCUAAAUAAGACACUAGAUUCUUGUCUAUCUUUAUCUACAAGAUGAAUAGCAUCAUGAAGGUCGUCAUCGUGUUUUCGCGGACUUAGACAUAGAUUUUUGGAAACACAAAAUACACUAUUUAAUUAUACUUUUUUCAAAUAUUAAACAUAUUUCAAAAUUUGGUACACAAGCCUAUUCUACAUAUCUAGAAAAAUAUACCAAUAACAAUUAUCAUCAAAUAUAGCUCAUGGAAAUUUUAAAAUUACUAUAUUUUCUUCAAGUUUCUAUUCAAAUCUACAUCUAGUCUUCGGCUGCUAUAUUUGUAAAUAUUGUAAAAUGUUUAUGUCUGCUUAUUAUCUAUUUCUAUAGUAUGACAGAUGAAAACUCUACCAUUCGUAUAAUUAAAUAUAAACUAUAUUACCCAUUAAUAUAGUA